AUGUCCGACGUUGCCGAGACUGUUGUCGCUGCUCAAGAGCCAGAGGUUGUUGAAGCAGCUCCAUCAGAGGAACAACCAGAAGAAACUCCAGUUGUCCCAGAAGAGAAGACCGAAGAAACGUAAGUUGCCUCAUGGUCAUUUCGUUGGGUGAAAAUAACGCGUCCCUACAAUUUGACUGUACAAUUAAGUGUUCCUAUCGAGGUCACACAGUAAUAUUUCUGAAUGUUUUUUUUUCGAUUUGAACCCUAAUUGAUGUAUUUUUUCAAAAAACACAAAUGUUAUUUCCAGAACUGAGAACGGUGACGUUGUUGCCGAGUCCGAAGAAAAGACUGAGGAGGCGUCGGAAACUCCAGCUGAAGAAACAGCCGAAGCUGGAGAAAAAACUGCUCAAAACGGUGAAGCCAAAGACACCAACGGAAAUGACCGCAAGCGGGUUUCAAGCGCUCACGAAGCCGAAGAAACUGAGGAGGAUGUUCCAGUCAAGAAAACCAAGGUUGAUGAUGAGGUUAGUAUACGAAUAUUUUUAUAGCAUUUUUUGAAGCACAAUUUUUAUAAUUCCACUAAUAAUAAAAUGUUUUCCAGGUUGAUGCUGCUGCUGCCGGAGAUGCUCCAGCUCCAGUUGCCACCGCUGCCGAAUAA